AGCGGCGCGUCUCUCCUACUCCAUUUUUGUGAGACGGGUGUAGGAGAGCACUCUCGGCGGGGAGACUGUCAGUCCACGCAGCGGAUACUGCACACCGAGCGACAAAGGCGAGCACCGGAGCCCGUUUUCUUUUCAUUUCUGCUAUAGGAAGAGUCUAGAAGUUUCAGCCCUCAGGGUUUUGACAUGGUAGAUUAUCACGCCGUUAAUAAUCAAGGCCAGUAUUCAGCGGGCGGGCCACCGACCUACAUGGAGCAAGAGAACGACUGGGACCGGGACCUGCUGCUGGACCCGGCCUGGGAGAAGCAGCAGAGGAAGACUUUCACGGCCUGGUGCAACUCUCACCUGAGGAAAGCGGGAACGCAGAUCGAAAACAUCGAGGAGGAUUUCAGAGAUGGACUCAAACUAAUGCUGCUCCUGGAGGUCAUUUCAGGGGAGAGGUUACCAAAACCUGAAAGAGGCAAGAUGAGAGUGCACAAGAUCAACAAUGUCAACAAAGCGCUGGACUUCAUCGCCAGCAAAGGAGUCAAACUGGUGUCCAUCGGUGCAGAAGAAAUUGUGGAUGGAAAUGCCAAGAUGACUUUGGGAAUGAUUUGGACCAUCAUCCUCCGCUUCGCCAUCCAGGACAUCUCAGUGGAAGAAACCUCCGCUAAAGAAGGCCUGUUGCUCUGGUGUCAGAGAAAGACGGCUCCUUACAAGAAUGUCAACGUCCAGAACUUCCAUAUCAGCUGGAAGGAUGGUCUUGCCUUCAAUGCUCUGAUCCACAGACACAGACCAGAGCUCAUCGAUUACGACAAGCUGAGAAAGGAUGACCCAGUGACCAAUCUGAACAAUGCUUUCGAAGUGGCAGAGCGAUACCUGGACAUCCCCAAGAUGUUGGAUGCUGAGGACAUUGUGAACACAGCACGUCCAGAUGAGAAGGCCAUAAUGACCUAUGUGUCCAGUUUCUACCAUGCCUUUUCUGGAGCCCAGAAGGCUGAGACGGCAGCCAAUCGUAUCUGCAAGGUUUUGGCAGUCAAUCAGGAAAACGAGCACCUGAUGGAGGACUAUGAGAAACUGGCCAGUGAUCUGUUGGAGUGGAUUCGUAGGACAAUCCCAUGGUUGGAAAACCGCGCUCCAGAGAAAACCAUGGCAGAAAUGCAGCAGAAACUGGAAGAUUUCCGCGAUUACCGUCGUGUUCACAAACCUCCCAAAGUUCAGGAGAAGUGUCAGCUAGAGAUCAACUUCAACACGCUGCAGACCAAACUCCGUUUGAGCAACCGACCGGCCUUCAUGCCAUCUGAAGGACGCAUGGUGUCGGAUAUUAAUGGUGCGUGGCACAAACUGGAAGGGGCAGAAAAAGGCUAUGAAGAGUGGCUCCUGAAUGAGAUCCGUCGCUUGGAGAGACUUGACCAUCUUGCAGAAAAGUUCCGUCAGAAAGCAGCCAUCCAUGAGGGCUGGACAGACGGUAAAGAGGCCAUGCUCACACAAAAGGACUAUGAAACCGCAUCCCUGUCUGAGAUUAAAGCUCUCCUGAAGAAACACGAGGCCUUCGAGAGCGACCUUGCCGCCCACCAGGACAGAGUGGAGCAGAUUGCCGCCAUCGCACAGGAGCUCAAUGAGCUGGACUACUACGACUCCCCGAGCGUAAAUGCACGCUGUCAGAAGAUCUGCGAGCAGUGGGAUGCUCUGGGCUCCCUCACACAGAACCGCAGAGAGUCUCUGGAGAGAACAGAGAAGCAGCUGGAGUCUAUCGAUGAGCUGUACCUGGAGUACGCCAAGAGAGCGGCACCAUUCAACAACUGGAUGGAGGGCGCCAUGGAGGACCUGCAGGACAUGUUCAUUGUGCACAACAUCGAUGAGAUUCAGGGUCUGAUAACAGCUCAUGAGCAGUUCAAAUCAACUCUUCCAGAGGCAAAUAAAGAGCGGGAAGCUAUCCAAGCCAUCCAGGCUGAAGUUCAGAAAAUUGCAAAUUACAACGGCAUCAAACUGGCUGGAAACAAUCCUUACACCACCAUCACCCCGCAGAGCAUUGACAAGAAGUGGGAGAAGGUGCAGCAACUGGUUCCACAGCGUGAUCAGGCACUACAGGAGGAACUCACCCGUCAGCAGUCCAAUGAUCAUCUCAGACGCCAGUUUGCCAACCAGGCCAACAUGAUCGGACCAUGGAUCCAAAAUAAGAUGGAGGAGAUUGGCCGGAUAUCCAUUGAGAUGAAUGGAACUCUAGAGGAUCAGCUGACCCACCUCAGCCAGUACGAGCAGAGCAUCAUCGAAUACAAGCCCAACAUCGACCAACUGGAGGGAGACCAUCAGCUCAUUCAGGAAGCACUUAUCUUUGACAACAAAUACACCGCUUACACUAUGGAGCAUCUUCGUGUUGGAUGGGAGCAGCUCCUCACUACAAUCGCCCGCACCAUUAACGAGAUUGAGAACCAGGUUCUGACCCGCGAUGCUAAAGGCAUUAGCCAGGAACAGCUUCACGAGUACCGCACAUCCUUCAAUCACUUCGACAAGGAUCACAGUGGUCUCCUGCAGUCUGAGGAGUUCAAGGCUUGCUUGAUCAGUCUGGGUUACGACGUUGAAAAUGACAAGCAGAAGCGCACGGGGAUAAUGGACAGCGAUGAUUUCCGUGCUCUGCUCAUUUCCACUGGGAACAGCCUGGGUGAUGCUGAAUUCGCUCGUAUCAUGGGCAUUGUUGACCCCAAUAACAGUGGAGCAGUUACCUUCCAGGCCUUCAUCGACUUCAUGUCAAGGGAAACGACCGACACAGACACUGCAGACCAGGUCAUCGCCUCAUUUAAGAUCCUGGCUGGAGACAAGAACUACAUCACAGCCGAGGAGCUGAGGCGUGAGCUUCCUCCAGAUCAGGCAGAGUACUGCAUCGCCCGAAUGGCGCCGUACUCUGGGCCGGAUGCAGUGGCUGGCGCUCUUGACUACAUGUCCUUCUCCACCGCCCUGUACGGGGAGAGCGACCUCUAAGGGCCAACUCCAGAACUCCACAGCAGCUCUCUCUCUCCAACAUCAGUGCUGAUCUUCUCACAGACUAGAUAGAUGAGAGCGCCGGAUGGGAGUCGCAUCUGAUUUCUCUCAACCAUCCAGUCCUGAAAGAGAUCAGUGCUUCUGAGGAAGAGGAAGAUAUAUUUAAGAGUGUUGAAAAUGGGACUUCAUAGCACAUCUGAAGGGGGGGAGUGAUAGACGUUUGGGGAAAAGGGGGUUCAACCAUGGCAUUGUGGGAAGAGCGAAUAACUGUUGAUGAAGCUUGCCACGCAUUGAGGGAUUUCGGUGUAAAAACAUGUCAGUCUUGGAGAGCUUAAGAUGUAGGAUUGAAGGAAAGAGAGGUUUAAGAUGCAGGUUCUCAGUGUUGAGGGAAAAGAGAGGGGGGGAGGUUGUGUGUGUGUGUUUGUGUGGCUUUGGACUGUAGCCACAGCUCAGGUUCUUUAAGCUUCUUCCGUAUCAUAUGAUGCAUACCAUAAAAGGACUUGUUUCCCCAAACUUUCAAGUGAUUUCACACCAGCAGUAAUCUUGAUGUUAAUAAAAUUAGUAAAGAUCUUCAUUAAAUCUUACUUGUUUGUUCUCGGAUGGAGUUUGAAGAAUCAGUUUUGGCUUCAGUCUGUGCCUAGACACUUAACCUGCACCCUCUACCCUGGUGGGGAGGGCACAAGCUUUUUCCAGUUAACAGGCUAUUUUCUUUGUUUUAAUUUUGAUGUUUUCUUGCUAGAGUUGGUGGGGUGGGAGAUUUUGGUUUUGGGGUUGGCAUAUGUUAUUUGGCAUAGUUGUAUGUCGUAGGAAAAUGGACGGAAUGGCUCUACAAGUGAUAGGGAAUUUGUGACAUGCCCUCUUAACCCAUUUUGCUGGAUCAGUGGAACUCUUUGGAAAAAAAAUCUAACCUCAGCCUUUUCCUUCUUUCAUUUCUGUCCUCUCCAGCAAUUUCGAGUUAGCGGGAUUCUACGCUGUACAUACUUCUUUUCCAGUACACAGAACUGUUGGACUACGCAUGGCGGUCAUGCAGGGCUUCGGGUCGUAAGGUUUAAGAUAAAAACGAGCAGUUUCACCCCUGCGGAGUACUGUAGACAGGAUUGAGUAGCUACGGGUCUGUGUUUUAUUUGUGAGGGCUUGAAGAAUAAAGCUACAAAAAAAUAAAUACCCAGUCAGUUUUCUUUCCUUCUCCAAUCAACCGGCGUUCUCUUGUUGACUCCCUGACUUAUCCCUUAAGGAUUUCUUAAAUGUAACCAAUGUCCAUCUGGCAUCCAUCUCUAAUGGUUUCUCAGAUAUUACUGAAUGUCCAUGUAAGAGCUUCAGUGGGGAUGUGAGCAGCAUAGCCUUGUAGUGACCCCUCCACUUGAGCUACAUACACACAGCUGCUGAAUCAACAGUAGAAAAGAGGAUUUUAUAUAGUCAGACAGAAGUACUAAUGUGCCUGGUAGUCGCAGGUUGCUCUCUCUCCCACUCAUUUUUUUCUUUCCUUUUGUUGUACACUCGUUUUUUUGUUUUUUUUCCUCUUUCUACAGGGAGGGGCAGGGACCCAAUGUACAGCUCUGGAGGUUGAGGGGAAGGAGUGGGAGAGCUGAAGUCUUAAUGAACAUUCCAUUAUGUCUUAAUUAAAAUUAAAUUACUGUUUAACGAAUCUAUGCAAUCAUGUAUCCAGUACCAACCAUGCUCUGUAAUGAAUGGCGGGGGUGAUUUGCAAUCGAAAGUGUUGAAUUCAAGUGAGAACAAAAAAAUUAAGGGUAGACGGGGGAAUUGGGCUGGCAGGUGGGCUUCCGAAGAUUUGAACAGACUUGGACAAGAAGCCUGCUCUUACGUCUGCAAAGUUGAAUAAAAGCAUUUGGAAUUCUGAAUUUUUUUUCUUUUGUACUCUUUAAUAUCAAACGUUAUCUGCUGUACUGGAAAUUUGCUAAACUGCUUUCUGUCUAAGAUGAAAAGUGAAUUUCACAUGCACACAUAAAGUUUCCUUAUAAAAUAUUACCACUUUGAA